AUGAAGGACUCGGUGGUCGAUAUGGGUUGGUCCAAGACCUUUAUGCUUUUCGUGUCGGGCGUGUUGGCAGGCUCGUCAUGUUACAGUGACACAAUUCCAGGAAAGUCAAUUGCACUGAACUUGACGGACCUUUUCAACAACAAGGCCUUUGGAACUUAUCCUGGCGAGGCAAACUUCAACACGUUGAACGAGUCUUAUCCCGUUCCAAGCGUCGACACGACACAGUACCAAUCUUCCGAGACGGGCAUCUUGUUCUCGUUCCCCGGCUACACUGGACCUGAUCUGGCAGAUAAUCUUAUUUGCAGCGGAAAUGUCCUUGAUGUGCCGUCCGGCUCGUACUUUUCUGCUUCAUUUCUCGUUGCCGGAGAUUUGGAAUCAACCAGCGUGAGCGCCAAUGUGACCUUUACGUAUAGUGACAACAGCACGUCGCUGUUUGAGCUGCGCAGUCUCAAUUGGUUCGAGUUCUUGACGAUAAACCGUGGCGAGAUUAUCUUCCCCAGCCGAUACACUGAUACUGGUGUCAACUUCAACACCACCCAUAUUUUUGAGAGAACCGCGUCUAUCCCCACCGGAAAGAAUCUGCGUUCCAUCACAUUGCCGACCACGACUAAUGCUACCGAGGGAAGACUCCACGUUUUUGCCAUUAGUCUUUGGGAGGGUUCUUCUCUCGAGGUGCAAUCGGUCAGACCUACUCAAAAGUGGCUAGACAGCGGCGCACAAGCCGUCGAGGUCACCAUUAACAAUGCAGGCACCGAAUGCGUAGCAGGAGACGGACUCAAUGUGACCAUCACGGGCGAGGGCAUCAAGACAACAGCCCCCGGCAACUUGAAGCGUCUGUGCCCAGGUGACCAAAAGACCAUUACGGUCGGUGUCGAGGGAACUCCAAACAAGACAAUCACUGCCAAUGUCUUGCUCGAUGACGGAGUGAGCCCGUCCAAGGUCACCGUUGAUGACUUGGACUUUGGCUUGCUCACUUGGACCAGCGAUCUCGGCGUGCUGGCCAAACAUGAAAGCCCCGAGUGGUUUGACGACGCCAAGUUUGGCAUCUUCAUCCAUUGGGGCCCGUAUUCGGUUACUGGCUGGGGAAAUUCAUCGCCUUACGAGAGCUACGCUGAAUGGUUCUGGUGGUACUCAACUCACCAUCCACAAGCUGACAGAUCCGACUUUUACGACUACCGGCUACGCACAUUUGGUGCUGAAUGGGUGUACGACGACACAUUCCCCGACUUCAAUGCAUCAAAGUUUGAUGCUAAAAGCUGGGUGGACCUCUUCGCUGAAGCAGGUGCCAAGUAUUUCGUGAUCACUACGAAACACCACGAUGGAUUUGCCCUGUUUGACGCGGGAGACACGACGAACCGCUCCGCGAUCCACUAUGGUCCCAAGCGUGACCUCUUGGCGGAGCUCUUUGACGCUGCCGAGACCUACCAGCCGGCGCUCAAACGAGGCACUUACUUCUCGCUGCCCGAGUGGUUCAGUCCGGAUUUCGCCCCGUACGGAUUUGACCAGUUCAACACCAGCUCGACAACAUCCUGGCCCGGAGGCUUGGCCACGAACCCUUACACGGGCGAGAAGGAGCCGUACACGGGCCGCAUCCCCGUCGACGACUUUAUCGCGGACAUCAUGGUGCCGCAGAUGGAGACGCUGGCCUAUGACUAUGGCACCGACAUCAUGUGGUGCGACUGCGGCGCGGCCAACGGGACCGCCGAUUUUGCCGCGGCGUGGUGGAACCAGGCGCGCGCCCAGGACCGCCAGGUGGCCAUCAACUCGCGCUGCGGUGUCGCCGAGGCCGCCGACUUUGACACGCCCGAGUACCAGACGUUUUCGUCGGCGCAGCACCGCAAGUGGGAGUCCAACCAGGGCAUGGACCCCUACAGCUACGGCUACAACCGCGCCACCCCCGACAGCGCCUACAUGAAUGCCACCACCAUUGUCUACACGCUGGUCGACAUGGUGUCGAAGAAUGGAAACCUGCUGCUGGACAUUGGUCCGCGCGCAGACGGAACCAUAGUCGAUGCCGAGGUGGACAACCUCAAGCAGGCAGGGGCAUGGAUCCACGCUCACGACGAGGCCAUCUUUAACACGACAUACUGGUUUGUACAGAGUGAGAUUGUCGAUGGUCCCGAUGUGCGUUUUACGCAGACCAACGAUGCUUUCUACAUCUUGUUCCUGGAAAAGCCCUCUUUGGUCAAUGGCAAAGUCGACAUUGCCGCUCCAAUCCCUGUCCUUGAGGGCGAUGUCAUUCAGCUUUUGGCUAUAGAAGGAGGCGAGGACUUGACGUGGGAGUCUAGUGGAAGUGGCACGACGGCGGUUCUAUCAAUCACAAUCUCGGAAGACCUGAUUGAGGCUGAAGAGUUCUGCUGGGUUUUCAAAGUAGCAUACCAGUAG